ACAACGAGGCUGAGCCGUGGAGGGAGACACGGCGUUGAAUUACACCGGCCACGGAAAAACAAGAAGACUCCGAGACAGUGUGUGGGGGGAUAUGUUCGCAAAGGAAACCUGUAGGCUACUCCUGAGAUUGAAAUGCGCCUGAGAUUUAUCUUUGAGACUUUCUGAAUGCUCAUACCGCUAAAAAGAUGCCGGGUUGGAAGAAGAAUAUCCCCGCCUGUCUUCAGGCUGACCAAGAAGGAGAUUCCUGCUACAAAAGCGACGAAGAAGAUGAGGGGCCAUACACAAAGCACUCCAACCCCUCCAGGCCACCGGAUGGAGCGCUGGCCAUCAGGAGGCAGAGUAUCCCAGAUGAGUUUAAGGGCUCCAGUGUUGUAGAGUUAAUGAAGAAAGAGGGAACCACACUCGGCCUCACUGUGUCCGGGGGCGUCGACAAGGAUGGAAAACCUCGGGUGUCCAACCUGCGCCAGGGAGGCAUCGCUGCUAGGAGUGACCAGCUCAACGUGGGCGACUACAUCAAGUCUGUAAACGGGAUCAACCUGACCAAGUUCCGUCACGACGAGAUCAUUAGCCUGCUGAAGAACGUCGGAGAACGUGUGGUUCUAGAGGUGGAAUACGAGCUGCCACCCGUCUCUGUUCAGGGCUCUGGGCUGAUGUUCAAAAGCGUUGAGGUGACUCUGCACAAAGAAGGCAACACGUUCGGCUUUGUCAUCCGAGGAGGAGCCCACGAGGACAGGAACAAAUCCCGUCCCGUUGUCAUAACGACCAUCAGGCCAGGUGGACCUGCUGACAGGGAGGGUACGGUGAAGCCAGGGGACAGGCUCCUGAGUAUCGAUGGGAUCCGUCUUCAUGGGACGUCCCAUGCAGAGGCCAUGUCCAUCCUCAAACAGUGUGGACAGGAGGCGACGCUGCUCAUCGAGUACGACGUCUCCAUCAUGGACUCCAUAGCCACAGCUUCUGGGCCUCUGCUGGUUGAGGUAGCCAAGUCCCUGGGGUCCAGUCUGGGCCUGGCCCUCAACACCUCCAUGUACUGCAACAAGCAGGUCAUCAUCAUAGACAAGGUCAAGCCCGCAAGCAUCGCAGACAGGUGCGGGGCGCUGCACGCGGGUGACCACAUCCUGUCUGUGGACGGUACCAGUAUGGAGUACUGUACCUUGGCCGAGGCCACCCAGCUGCUCGCCAGCGCCUGUGAACACGUCAAGAUGGAGAUCCUGCCACACCACCAGACCAGGCUGGCCCUCAAGGGCCCUGAACACGGUAUUGACCCUAUCCCUAACCCCUGA